GCAAUAACGAUGCGAGCACAGAUAUAGUGUUAAGGUGUAUGGAAAUCUGAGAGCGAGUUUAUCCUGACGAGAGAGGAAGUCGCCUGUGCAGCCUGAGCGCUGUCAGUGAGCGCCUCCACAGCGGCGGCUGACAGCGGCAGAACGCAACCUGUCAUGGAGGGCAGCGGCUGGCCGGCGGAGCUCCCCACUCCACAUGAGCUGCGUGAGGAGAGCGAGAACAACAGCCACGCCAUCUUUGAAGUGGCCCUGCAGAACGGCUCGUCCAAGCGCGGCGGCCAGUUCGCAGGUGUGGAGCUGCUCCAGUCCUUCAAGCUGCUCAUCAUCCCCUGCUACACGCUGGUGGCCCUGGUGGGAGUCUUUGGCAACUACCUGCUGCUCUACGUCAUCUGUCGCACCCGCAAGAUGCACAACGUCACCAACUUCUUCAUCGGCAACUUGGCCUUCUCCGACAUGCUGAUGUGCGCCACCUGCGUCCCCUUCACCCUGGCUUACGCCUUCAACCCCCACGGCUGGGUGUUCGGCCGCUUCAUGUGCUACCUGGUGUACCUCAUCCAGCCUGUCACCGUCUACGUGUCCGUCUUCACGCUCACCGCCAUCGGCGUGGACAGAUACCACGCCACGGUGCAUCCUCUGAAAAGGCGCCUCUCGGUCCUGGCUUGCACCUACUUGCUGUCUGCCAUCUGGCUGCUCUCCACGGUCCUGGUGGCCCCGGCUGUGGCUCACACCUACCACGUGGAGUUCAAGACCGAGGGCUUCACCAUCUGUGAGGAGUUCUGGAUGGGUCAGGAGAAGGAGCGGCUGGUGUACGGCUACAGCACCCUCUUCAUCACCUACCUCCUGCCUCUGUCGGCGCUCAGCAUCUCCUACCUCUGCAUCUCCGUCAAGCUGCGGAACUGCGUGGCGCCGGGCCACCUCACCCAGAGUCAGGCCAAGGCCCAGCGGCUGCGCAAGCGUAAGACCUUCCGCUUGGUGAGCCUGGUGGUGGCGGCGUUUGGCGUGUGCUGGCUGCCCAUCAGCGUGUUCAACGUGCUGCGUGACGUCGACAUCCGCCUGAUCGACAAGCGCUACUUCCUGCUCAUCCAGCUGCUGUGCCACCUGUGCGCCAUGAGCUCCUCCUGCUGCAACCCUUUCCUCUACGCCUGGCUGCACGACCGCUUCCGGGCUGAGCUCCGGAAGAUGUUCACAUGUCGCCGACGCAUCGGCAUCUCUGGCAACAACUGUGCCACAGCCAGCGUGGCCUUGUGA